GCAAAACACAAGUUGCAUGUUGAAAGUAUUCGUAACACACGCACACCCAAGCCCAUACACUGACCACAAAAUACAAACAUAUUAGUAUAUAUGUAUACAUAUUUAUGCAUUUUUAUCGACCGUUCUUAUCAUCGAUAAAGAGCAAUUGUUCUAUAUAUGUAAUAGAAGAUGCUGGCAAAACUCCAAGUUCAUCUGAGGUGCAGCAACUCCGGGCUCAGUUAGUCGAGUUUCAGACAAAAUCUAUGUGCGAGCUGGACCUCAGAGACUCGGGCAAGGAUCUAUUAAGACUGGGGCACCCACAGAGUCCGACACGUACAAUCAUGCGACACAUCCAGCGCGGAGAACUCUGUGACAUUACGGUCAGGGUGCAUGGACGAGAGUUUCUGUGCCACAACAUUGUGCUCUUCAUUUACUCUAAACGCAUGCAGCGUCAUGUGGGCAAAAUUAUGGCCACCACCGAUUCGCCAAACAUAACGGCACGAGGAUUUGGACUGCUCUACACUUGGAUGAUAACAGAUGGGGCUACUCUUCAUGCUGGGGAUGUCAUUGAAACCAUGCAGGCUGCGCUAUUCAUGGAGGUUCACCCGCUUUUGGAGCAAUGCUGGAACGUGCUGGACAGUCGGCUCUUUAAUGAGUUCUCGGCCUUUAGUGUGCUCUACGAGUCCCGACGAGCUCAUGAGCUGAUUGAGUUGCAUGAACUAAUGGCGAACCGCAUCUCAAAGGCCACGCUCAUGAUCUUUUCUAGUCGGGAGUUUUUGUGUCUUAGUGAGCUGCAGGUGUGCAACUUAUUGAAGUCAAAUAACUUGGCCGUUAAUGCGGAAAUGGAGGUACUAUUCGGCGCACUCAUCUGGCUAGAUCACAUGUGGCCACGGCGUCGCAGGAGCAUAAUGACUGUGAUGCAACACAUCCGAUUCGGCUACUUGGCACCCACCUUACUGUGCAAGUUCAAGACCAACGACGAGUAUAGGGUCGGGCCAUUCGCGCACAUACUGGGCGUGUUCAUAGACGCUAUUGAUGUAGCCCGACUUGUACAAGAUGCCCUCUUCUAUAGCAGCAUGGUCAUUACCAGUAAUAAUGAUCCGGUCUUUCUGGAGAAUAGCAUAAGAGGCGCGCAGCUACCUAUAGUGCCGCCAAGGCGGUGGAUAGUUGAUCGGCGGUGCAAAUAUCAUCGAAGAGUGUCUAGACUGUGUCCCAAUAUGCAUUAUGUCAGCAUUGAAGAUUUCUCCGAGUACCUAGGCCAACUUCAGACCUGUACCAGCGAUUUUGAUCGUCACAUGUCCUUUGGGGAUACUACUUCGGUGCCAGUGCCAGACUGGAAGACUCCAAAGCUAUUAAGCCAGUUUCAGCUGAACAAAGAACUGCUCGAUCUGCACGAGAAGCGGUACGGUUCCGGGACAAAGAACAAAAAGCGUGUGAGUAAGACGAAGCAUAUGAGGAAACAUGGCCACAGAAGGAAGAAUCGUCGGAAGAACACAGACAUUUUGCCAGCGGAAGAUAACAUAGAUUAUUGGGAGCAUACAUUAAGGACGGCAAAAAGUUGGAACACUGAUAGUCAAGUUAGCAGCGGUGAUGUAAUUAAUGUCCAUGGAUUAAUGGAAAUGCUGAAAUGUUCCCAAACUAACAAAAUAGCAGAAAAAAACAAACAGAAAUUUGGGCAAUGAGAAAGGCUGCCUUGCUCAUUAAGCUUCAGUUUAAACGAAAAGCUAUUCAGUACAAUAAAGAUAAAAGCAAUCCAAACAAUAAAAAA